UACCAUGGAAAGACAAGUCACCUGCUUGUUUCAGAGGGCAACACUCCAGGGAUAACUGUGAGCCAGUGCCAAGAGCCAGCAUUUCUCACUCCCCUCUCACCCGCCUCCGCCCCCUGCCACACACCCCGAUAUAGAAUGACAGCACAUUGCCACAAUUUAAAUGACUCUGCCUCUGCCCCCGUGGAAGGGCAGGUCCUCCAGAGAACACCAGCCACAGCAGCUGUCCAUUCUCCCAGAAAAAAUCUUCAUCAUGGCCUAUAAAGCAGCACAUUUGGCCUUUAAGUCACGCUGGCACAAGACGGAUGAAGAACUCUGUCGGCACAGCAUGUCCUUUGUCUUGCACAAGGCGAUCCAGAACGACUUCUUCAAGUGCUACCUUUACCUGCUGGAAAAGCUUCCCCUGGUGAAACUUUACGCUCUGACAAGCCAAGUCAUCAACGGGGAGAUGCAGUUCUACGCCAGAGCCAAACACUUCUACCGGGAGGUGCCCGCCACGGAGGAGGGGAUGAUGGGAGACUACAUCGAGCUCUCCAACACCGACGUUGAAUCCUCCCGGGAAUUUCUCAGGAAGUUUGUUGGGGGGGUGGGGAAAGCUGGCACCAGCCGUGCCCUGGACUGUGGCUCUGGGAUAGGUCGGAUCAGCAAGCACGUCCUGCUGCCCGUUUUCAAAAGUGUGGAGCUGGUGGAUAUGAUGGAGAAUUUCCUGGCUGAGGUCCCAAACUACCUGCAGGGCAAGGAGGACAGAGUAGAGAUGUAUUACUGCAAAAGCCUCCAGGAAUUCACACCAGCCCCACGAAGAUACGACGUCAUCUGGAUUCAGUGGGUUUCAGGAUAUCUCACAGACAAAGAUCUCCUGGAGUUUCUCAUCCGCUGCCAGGGUGGCUUGAAGGAUAACGGUGUCAUCAUUCUGAAGGACAAUGUGGCCAGGGAGGGCUGCACCCUGGACUGCCUGGACAGCAGCGUGAUCCGAGACCUGAACAUCCUGCACAGCCUCAUCGAGAUGAGCGGGCUCACCAUCCUGCGCGAGGAGAGGCAGGAGGGCUUCCCUGAGCAGUGUGUCCCUGUCUGGAUGCUGGCCAUGCAGAAGGGCCCUGGCCACUCCUGACUGCCCUGUGAGACUGCAGGGACUGGGAUAUGGAUGAACCAGGGGACUGGGAAGGAGAAAAGCACCUCCUGGAAUCCUCCUACCCAUGCACUGCUCCAGGGCAGCAGCUUCUAAAGGGUCAGGAGAGAACCACAAAGCUUCUCCCAGGAACAGUCUGCUUCUAAAUCCUACCUGCUCCAUCAUUCUUUCCAUUUUUAAAAGCUUUCCUGACCUCCUUGUCAGAGCUCUCUUCCGUUAAGGAGUCAAUGCUGUACAAAACUCAUCCAAUAGAAAAUAAUUAGAUCGGAAGUUUCUGUAGUAGUUAAUAAUUUUGGGGUGUUCUUCUUGGAAUUUCAGAAGGGUCUGUCAGAUCACUGAAGCAGGAAAUUCAAGUAACUUCUGGAACACUUCACCCAAAUUUUGGCUGUCCUCUCUACCUGUACUUUAGAAUAUUUAAACCAAGAAUAUAAGGAAAGUUUUAUCUUUUUGUUGGCAUCAGCUAUGCAGUUUUGGGGUUUUUGUUUUGUUGUUGUUGUUGUUUUGGGGUUUUUUGUUUGUUUGUUUGUUUGGGGGGGUUUUGUUGCCUUUUUUUUAGGUUUGGGGGUUUUUUCCCAUUUUUGUCAAUUUGGACAAUAAAACAACCUGGCUAAUUUUCCAUUUUUAGGAGCUACUUCCUCUUCCUGAUGUUUCUGCUGUAGAACAAUAGUGGCACAUAAGAGAUUUCACACUCCAGAGGAAAACUUGGCUGACAAAUAUCUGCAUGUUUGCAUUGAAAUUUUCUGAAAAGCUUGCCCCACAUAUUACAUUCUGGAAUUUUAAUUUUUUUUUUUUUCAGAAGGUUUGCAGUGGAAACCACUUGAAAGCCUCUCUUUAUUAUUCAUACCACUGUACAUUUCUUUUUUCCCACAUUCAGAACAAGCCUGGCACCAUCUGCAGAGCUAAUGGGAUUUCACGGAACGUUAAUAGUAAGGCUGUAAGAAGAACUAAUACAGUAUUGUAUUAAUUAACAACUGUGCUAAACUGCAGAGAGUGUUAGUGUAGCCCAAAAGCUAUGAUUUAUAUUCCAAGAGCAGCUGUGUAAGCCUGGAUUUGAAAAUACUGACAUGCAGCCCAUCUCCUUAAGGCUCACAGAAAUGAUACAUCAAGCUUCUUGUCCUCUUUGUAGAGGCACAGAAAGUGCCGUGGGAGGACAGAAGUUCAUUUUGCAAACAAAUUCGGAAUUUGGAAUUCUGCUUCAUUCUAAAGAUGUGAGGGGGGAAUUUUGAAAUUUGUUCUGAGGGAAAGCUACACAACCACAGUUUUCCAAGCUGAUUAAAUUUUUUUGUCCAGACAUGAAAUGCUUCUUUUGAAUUGAACUUUUAACAUAAUUUGCAGUUAAAAUGUUACUAAGCCUUGUUCAAAAUUUUAGAAAUUAGUCAUAACAUUAGAAACGUUCUGACUCUGUCAGAAUUUUUAUCACAUCUUGCUCCCUUGAAAUGCAACCCUGGCAAAGGCUUUCAGACUUUGUAAAGAGUUGCACUAUGACAAAUCUCUCUGUGCUAGGGGAAAGGAGCUCUAUAAAACAUCCCUCACAUGACAGCAGGCACAAUUGGCUGUGUCAAAUAUUGUCAGCUGUGUUGGAUUAACUAAAAAAGAAGCCUGAAGAUAACAAGAUAAGAGAGCCUCUCAGCUGGAUUUUAGUACACAUUGCUGUCCUUUGAUAACAAAUCUCCAAUUUGGAUUUUAAUUGCAUAACUCAUCUUCUCUGGCAAUAUGUUUGCACAUGUUGAGAAUUACCAGUUUAUGGCAGAAGGCUUUCUGCCAUCAACUCUUAUCCAGUAACUCUUCUGUUAAUGUUCCAUGGCUAAUUGUAGCAUUAAGGAAAACCACACUGGUGAUUUGGUGAAAUAUUCUGGUGUUUCCUAUAGCCUGGAAACCUAUGGUUCCCACAACACAGAUGCUUCUGGAAUGUUUUGACUAAUUCUUCCAUUCUAAUCAGCUGGUAUUGGAUAGAAACUGAGUAAGAAUUUUUUAUCAAGAAAGGGGCAUCAGUCCUGUAGCAAAAAGAAGGGAAUAUUUACAUAUUUUCCUUUACAUGGAUUACAAAUUAAUUUGCCCUUCACCAUUUUUUUUUCUUCCAGCCAGAGACAUCUGCCAUGGUGCAGAACACUUGGGGGACUGCUGGAGAUCCUUGUGCAGUGGUGUCUGUGCCAGGCAGGUCUGAGAGGUGCUGUCACUGCAGUGGUGAGAGAAUGGCAUGGUGCAAAAAGGGGGAAUAAAGAAUUUUAUACAAACCUAGACAGCUGCCAAAUCUUACAGGGCACAAUAUAUCAGCUGAGUUGGUGCAGUUCAGUCAUGAGAGACGUGGUUCCAAGGUGGAUUUAGAAUACAAAGUGGUUCAGGAUGAAAAAUGGAAUAUAAAUGGCUGGUGUGGUUACCAGUGAAAUACAUUUUUCAAUGUAAAAAAGUUC